AGACGUCGCCCAUGUUUGGUGUCGUCAUCGCACCCUCCCGCAUCCACAAACUCUGUGCCUCGUCCAGCCCCACCGUUUCUUAAAUCCUUCCACGAGCCUCUCUCUCUCUCUCCCCCUUCUCCUCCUCCUCCUAUCUAACUAAGCCCCAGGGGAGAUCUUGAUCUUCGAUCCAUCCUCCGAGCUCCAGUCAUGGCCGCCUCUACUUCAAACCAAGGUAGUUGUUCGAAGGAAGUUAUGAGUUCACGUAUUGGAUUGCCAGCACUAGACAUCUCUGCUGCAUUUCCUCAGGCAACACCUGCAUCAAUUUUUCCUCCAUCGGCAUCAGAUUAUUACCAAUUUGAUGAUCUGUUAAGCCCUGAAGAAAAGGCUUUGCAAAGAAAAGUCCGAGAGGUCAUGGAAAAAGAAGUAGCUCCCAUAAUAGCGCCGUAUUGGGAGAAGGCAGAGUUUCCUUUUCAUGUAAUUCCUAAGCUUGCUGCCUUGAGUGUUGCUGGAGGAACUAUAAAGGGCUAUGGAUGCCCGGGGCUCUCUAUUACUGGAAGUGCUAUUGCUACAGCAGAAAUUGCCAGAGUAGAUGCAAGCUGUUCAACCUUUAUUUUGGUGCAUUCUUGCACGGCCAUGCUUACAAUUGCACUGUGUGGGUCGGAGGCACAAAAACAGAAAUACUUACCAUCACUAGCUCAGUUGCAUACUGUUGCUUGUUGGGCUUUGACUGAGCCAGACUAUGGAAGUGAUGCAGGCUCUUUAAGAACCAUGGCAACAAAGGUUGCAGGAGGUUGGAUAAUAGAUGGCCAAAAGCGUUGGAUAGCAAACAGUACUUUUGCUGAUGUGUUAGUUGUUUUUGCUAGAAACACAAGCACAUACCAGAUAAAUGGGUUCAUUGUGAAGAAAGAUGCCCCUGGAUUGAGGGCUACAAAAAUGGAAAAUAAAAUUGGUCUGAGGAUUGUUCAGAAUUGUGAUAUUCUCUUUAAGAAAGUUUUUGUUCCUGAUGAAGACAGGUUGCCAGGUGUUAAUUCUUUCCAGGAUACAAACAAGGUCCUUGCUGUUUCACGUGUUAUGGUCGCAUGGCAACCUAUUGGCAUAUCAAUGGGUGUAUUUGACAUGUGCCACAGGUACCUAAAGGAGAGGAAGCAAUUCGGAGUUCCAUUGGCGGCAUUUCAGAUUAACCAAGAGAAGCUUGUGCGCAUGCUAGGUAAUAUUCAAGCAAUGCUUCUCGUUGGUUGGCGCUUAUGCAAAUUGUACGAAUCUGGAAAGAUGACUCCAGGUCAUGCUAGCUUGGGAAAGGCAUGGACUUCCUUGAAGGCGAGGGAGACUGUCUCUCUUGGUCGAGAAUUACUUGGUGGCAAUGGAAUCUUGACUGAUUUUCUAGUGGCAAAGGCAUUCUGUGAUAUGGAGCCCGUUUUCUCAUAUGAAGGCACCUAUGAUAUCAACAGUUUGGUGACAGCUAGAGAAAUCACAGGGAUUGCAAGCUUCAAACCUGCUGUGUUGGGAAAGGCAAGUCGCCUUUAAUUUCAGUGGAAUAAGCGCAUACAAGCCUUAAUUUCAGUUAAAAUCCUGCGAUCAGAGCAUACUGGAUAUAAUAUGGGGCAUGGACCAUAGAAUUGAUGAUGGCUACUGAAAGAUUCUAAGUGCAACUGGGUUCAACAACAACAGGAUAGUGUUGCGUGAAUAAGAUCAGCCCAAAACCUAUGUUAUGUUAGAAUUUAUUGUAUCAAUGGGUGAUUCUGAUGGGUGUCACAUAUCGUUUGUAAUGGUUUAAGACUGCAUAAUAUUUGGCUAUGAAAUGUAAAUAAAGCUCAAAAUGGACAGCACGGAAUUGUAAUAUUUGGCUGGGAUAGCACCUCCGUGUUCCAAUUUUUUCUGCGAGGCCAUAAAUCUAAAGCCUUUGGAGCUGCCUUAUCCCAGUUGGCUUCAAAAGGAUCAUCAACCAGUGAAAUGGAAUUACCGUUCCCCGACGUCGAGAUAAAUUGACUGGAGAAGUACUCCAGGUCUUGGUAAACGGAUCUCCAGAUAGGCGAGCACUUUCCAGGGUCGAAGAGUUGGUUUUUUUUCUGCUGGAUUUGUAGGCGAUUAGGGGUCAUGACGAGGAGUGCCUUUUCUAAGGAAUGUAACAUAAUGCAACGUAAAUAAUGAUAUUAUAGUGUUUUUUUUAUUCUA